GAUUAGAUCAGCCCUGCAAAGUGGUGAGCUCAGAGAAUUCUCACUGGCUUUAAACAGUCAGAAUGAAACUGAACAUGUGCCUGUCCAUUCCUGCGAAACAUGGGUGGUUUCCUUUUGAUGCAAGCUUUAGUUUUUAAAAUGCAUGAUAUGUGAAUACAAUCAGAGAGUAAAUGGACCAUUACUGACUGCAUAAAGUGCUGGGGGAUUGCUAUUCUUUUUCCCUCUGAUGUUCUUGUGGCAUCAUACAAAUAGGUUAGAGGUGCUUUGCCUUGGAAACCUUGACAAUUUCAACUGCUGUAUGAUCCCUGAUUCUUCCGACAGCUACAUGGGUCUGAUACUCCUCUGAGAAAAUGUUCAGAAUCCUGUCAAUCCUGAUAUUGGAAGUGCAACUCUACUUGAUACAAGCUUUUUUCAUAGUUGAAGUUCCUCAGCAACGGUACAUUGCAGAAUAUGGGAGCAACGUGACCAUGGAAUGCAGGUUUCCAGUGGAUGGACAGUUAAAUCUUAAAGACUUAAGUGUCAGUUGGGAGCAAAAAGAGUUAAAAGAGCAAAAAUCAAAAGAGGUUUACACUCUUCAAAAGGGGGAAGAAGACCUUAGAUCCCAGCACAGAGACUAUAGAGGAAGAGCAACAUUGUUACGUGACAAAUUGAAUUUGGGAUAUUCAGUGCUUCAAAUCACCGGUGUAAAGCUCAUGGAUGCAGGAUCUUACCGCUGUCUCAUUGACUAUAGAGGAGCUGAUUACAAGUACAUUACUUUGGAAGUAAAAGCAUCCUACACGAGAAUAAAUGUACAAAUAAUGAGUGAACCUGCAGAAGAGGAGUUGGUUUUAACUUGCCAGUCAGAAGGGUUUCCUCUAGCUGAAGUGUUCUGGCAAAAUGAGAAGAAUCUUAAAGUCAACGUAUCUGUAAAUACCACCUACACAUUGACCACAGAUGGACUAUAUAAUGUAACCAGUAUGCUGACAUUCAAGCCAAAUGCUAAUGAAAACUACAGCUGCACAUUCUGGUCUAAAGAAAAUGAAGAAACUUCUUACAUUUUCACUUUAGCUCGACAAACAACAGUUGUUGGAAAAAAAUCUCUGAAUUUAUUUAUCAUCCCAACCUGUGUAAUAGCGGUUGUUCUCAUAGCUGCAUUAACUAUCUUUCUAAAGAGAAAAUCACUGACAAAGCUCCAUGCCAAAAAAGACAAAAAAAGAAAAUGUCCCCAGUUACAGAAAGAAGACAACAGACACUUGAACCCUGAAACCCAGGACUUAAUCAUGACGAAUGUCACAGAUUCAAGAGACUGCACAGAUGUAUGUUCAUGAAAACUCUUCAUCUGCCAUGCCUGCAGUAUGCACUUUUCAGGCUAGGUCUACACUACCCGCCUGAAUCGGCGGGUAGAAAUCGACCUCUCGGGGAUCGAUUUAUCGCGUCCCAUUGGGACACGACAAUCGAUCCCCUAA